AUGGCCACGCCGAGCCUGCUCCUCUCUCUGUACGUGUGGUUCCUGGCCGGGAGCCUCCUGUCAGAGGCGACUUACUACCGGCACCACCGCUACGUCCCCCACUUCUACCGCUACCGGGAGCAUUCCGCCAACACGGAAAACCUCCUCCCCGAGGUCUCCAACCCGGUGCCUGAAGUCGUCCAGCCCGGCGAGCCGACCUACCCCCAGAUCCCCGAGGUCUUCCACCCGGCGCCCGAGGUCAUCCCCCCCAUACCGGAGGCUUUCCACCCGGUGCCCGAGGUGGUGCAUCCCGUAGUCGAGUCCUACCACCCACAUGCGGUGCAUCAGCCCGCACCUGAAGCCCCCUCACCUGUCAACAUGAGUCGUGUUUUCUAUGGGAUCAUGUUUGACGCAGGCAGCACGGGCACCAGGAUCCACAUCUACAAGUUCAUCCAGAAGGAUCCCGUUGAGCUGCCUGUUCUGGACAAUGAAAUGUACCAUGCAGUGAAACCUGGACUGUCUGCCUACAAGGACAACCCUGAAGAGGGUGGCAACACCAUCCGCCAGUUGCUGAAGAUCGCCAAGAAGACGGUGCCAGAGGAUGAGUGGAGGAGGACCCCGGUGGUCCUGAAGGCCACGGCGGGUCUUCGUCUGCUGCCUGAAGACAAGGCCAGUGCUCUUCUGAAGGAGGUACGAGAUGUAUUUGACGAGUCCCCUUUCUUUGUGCCAGACAACAGUGUUUCUAUCAUGAACGGAGCAAAUGAAGGAGUCCUCGCCUGGGUUACAGUGAACUUCCUUACAGGUCACUUGUACUCCAACACCAGGAGGACAGUGGGCAUCCUGGAUCUGGGUGGAGGAUCUACACAGAUCACAUUCCUUCCAAAGUCAAGGAAAACUGUUCAGUCUGCUCCACCAACCUACAUCGCCAGAUUCAACAUGUUCAACCACACGUACCAGCUCUACACACACAGCUACCUUGGUAAUGGACUGUAUGCGGCUCGUCUGGCCACUCUUGGAGCACUAGGAGCUGAUGGCCUGGAUUGGAAAAUCUUCACUAGUUCCUGCCUCCCAAAAAAGUUCAGGGAAGAUGUGACUUUUGGAGGAACCACCUAUAAAGUUAGCGGUAUUCCAGACGGAUAUGCAGGCUAUAAGCUGUGCUACUAUGAGGUCAUGAAGGUCAUCAAAGGAAUCGUCCACCAGCCGUAUGAAGUGAAAGGCAGCAGCAUCUUCUAUGCUUUCUCCUACUACUUUGACAGAGCUGUGGAGUCUGGCCUCAUCGAUAGCAGUCGAGGUGGUGCGGUUGAAGUCAGGGACUUCAAGAAGAGAGCCAAAGAAGUUUGCAACAAAAUGACCAAAUACCGUGCUAUCAGCCCCUUCCUCUGCAUGGAUAUGACAUAUAUCACUUGCCUGCUAAAGGAAGGCUUUGGAUUCAAGGACAACACUGUUCUGCAGCUAGCCAAGAAGGUGAACAAUGUGGAGACAAGUUGGGCCCUGGGGGCGACCUUUGACUACUUCAGAAACCUCAACAUCCACUAAGGACAGCUCCACAUCGCUGCAGCUGGCACUGAGAGGGACAGUCUGUCACUGUGGGGCUUCCCCUCCUCCAUCCACCCUCCACCGGCCCGUCCCCUCACAGAUACACCUGGUCCCACCAUGCUUCCUCCCCCGCUACACCCUCUCAUCUCCUCCUCAACCUCAGCACCCUGCGAACACUUCGAGAACUGUUGAAAAAGAAAAAAAGAAAUCACUAUAUUUUUAUAAGGCCAGCUAUUUCUACUGUAUGUUGAGCCCAUAACUGGUGGGCUGACUUUAUUUUUGUAAAGCGUUUACAUUUUUUAAUUCCUUAUGGGUGUCUGAUCUGAAAUGUCUUCCUCACCUACCUGGAAAGUGUGUAGAGGGUAGUUACAAAGCGACACAACCAGUCAUGGUAUUUGGUGCUUACUGUGGUCCUGGCUUGCACUGUGUGCUACAGUGGAACAAAUUUAGUGACUAGUUGCUGGAACUGCAACCAUAGUUGUCUGUCUAGAUGCUUGUAAAUCCACUUUCUUUUUGUUCUAGCAGUAAAUUAUUUUACAGGACCCUAGUUAAUUCGCUCCUAGCAUUAGACGAGUUAGACUUCAUCGGAAACAGAGUAGUUGACAACCUUACAGCUUCUUUUCCUCAACGUUGCACGUAACACUUUAACUGCAGAUAUUGUAGCUACAACAUGAUCAGUUGCUUUGAUGUCGUCUACAGAGUUGUACAUAAUCAUCAGUAGUGUUGGAUUCACCAUGACUCAGGGGGGCGAAGAGAGCGCUGUGGAGAGCAGAUUCUCACACAGUGAUGUAUAGCCGUUACAUGUAUGAGGUUUUUGCCCGUAUUUUUAAAGUGCAGCCAUUAUCGUUUGUUUCGUCUAGAGUGGGAAAGACCUUAUCAAGCGUGGCUUAAUUGCAGGGGCCUUUGGUCUGAGCUGUAUUUUACACCAGUGACAGAAAAACCACUCAUCAAGGGGAGACAGUGCAUCCAACAGCAUAAUCUACAGCCUUUAAACACAAAUUAUGUAAAAUUGUUUUUUCAAAUCAUUUUCUCCUUCAUUUGUUGCUCAGAAACAUUAGUCAUAUUGAUUUCUGUUUGUGACUUUUUCUUGUGAACUGUACAAAUAUUUAAAUAACUGAAAGUUUAUCUAAGAGUAGAGUAUUUUAAUUAUCCUCAUCCAAUAUUAACUUUUGAUCUCUUUGUGUAACUGCUCUCUAAGCCAUGCCUAUGCUGUUUCUUCAGUAUUUGACAUAAUCAACAACUACUGCUGUAUAUAUACAUAAUGUAAACUUAGUGAAACUAUUUGACAGGUUGCUUUUAUAUUACAAAAACUUUAUGCUGCACAAUCGCUGAAAAAUGCCUCUGUGUUCAUCAGUACAAAUAACCUGAUGCCUGACAACAUGUAGAUUGUUUUUAAUAAAUCCAGUGACAUAAGUGUAUACUAUACAUGUAUGUUUUAAUAAAACAUGAAAAAUGUGA